CAGCGACUCUGAGCUCCGUCACAACCAUGGCUUUCUGCAAACUGCUGUCUGUGCUGGUUCUGAUCUACAACACUGAGGUAUCAGUCUCCAUCAUCGGGGGGACAGAUGCUCCUCCAGGCAGGUGGCCGUGGAUGGUCCACGUCCGCAUGACAACAUUUGACGGCAGAUCCAAGUGGCGUUGUGGCGGCACGCUCCUCAGCAGUCAGUGGGUGCUGUCUGCUGCACACUGCUUGGAUGGACUACAAAAGCCUGCUUUUCAUCGUUCAAUGGUCUGGAUUGGCACACACAAGCUGCAAAAGCUAUCUGGUCGUUACAUGGGUAUAGAUACUGUCAUCCUCCACCCUCACUUCUAUUCCCUGACCAAUGGCUUUGCCAACGACAUCGCCUUGAUCAAGCUGAAGAAGAAGGUGGUAUUCUCACAGAAUGUUACCCUGGUACAGCUGGCCAGCGCCAAUGACGUCUUUGGUCCAUCGUCUGACUGUUGGAUCAUCGGCUGGGGGCAGAUUGGAAAUGGUGUUCCCUUACCGGAUCCAGAAACCCUUCAGCAGCUAAAAAUUCCCCUCAUGACUCAAUCGAGCUGCGAGGUGGAUCGUUUUCAGACGCUUUCUUGGGUGGUGAUCGCAGGCGACGAGGCUGGAGGGAAGGAUUCCUGUGAAGGGGACUGUGGCGGCCCAUUGAUGUGUCGUACAGCCCGGGGCUUCGUACAGGUGGGGAUCAGAAGUUAUGGGAGUGGAGGCGGCUGUGGUCUCCCAGACAGCCCCAGUGUCUACACUCGGGUGUCCAAGCAUCUGCGCUUCAUCAACGACUACAUUCAUCAGGGCUAAUCGCGGGUCCUGUUGAUAGUCAGCUCUGUUUUGUAAUCAAUUAACUUGUCUGCAUUUACGCUUUAAAGCAUCUUUACUAGUGUUUUUGUUUGGAAAAUUUCUGUUCACAUGCUUCUAGUACACUGAAAAAAAAUCCUUUGCAUCCGGUAACACGAGCACACACACACACACCCCAAACAACACCUUUGUCCAGAUGUGACAAGCAUCUAUUCCCAUUUACUUUAAAAUAAAAUUAAUGUACUUAAAAUGUUUUUUUUAUUGAAGUUUGCAACAGCCCAGAUUAACUGCACCUUUACUCACAAAAGCAAAAUGUGACUUACAGAUUGAUCCAUCAGUAUUAGUCGGUAUUAUGCAUUAA